GGGGUAUAGAACAUUUAGGAUAUUUUUUUUUAUAAAAGAUCACUUUAGCUGUAAGAGCUCCAUCAUAAAGUUGAAGACGCUCUACUGAAAUAGAUUUCGCGGAAAACCAGCUAUAUCCGAUCUUGGUUGGCCUUUCACCCCGAGCGAGAACGGUAAAGGGCGCACAAACUAUGUCGUUGCGUGGGGAUUCAUCUUUCUAUGCAACAGUCCACCAAUAGCGGAAGAGAAAAAGAAGAUAGGCUACGCUCCUCAUCUCGACAUUGAAAGAAAGCUACAGCGCUAAGACGUAACUUCUACUAGUGUGCUCCUCUUGCUUUUUUGGCUAAGGCCUAUAGAACUCAUUUCACUCCGGUUAUCUAGUUAAUAAAUCUCUUUCGUUCGAGAAGGAGCUGAGAUCUUAUCCGCGUUGCUAAUAUUUGGGUGGAGGUUAAUCAAUAGGGGAAUCAGCUGGUAUUUCAUCUUCCUCUAUAAUUUUUUGGAAAGCGAGAUCGUACCUGUUUUUCUAGGCCUGUUUGGACGACGGAACCGAGGUUGAUCAAAGACAUGCGCCGAGUGCUAGGAAUGACUAUAAGCCGAUUCGUUGUGGAACUAAUGCUUGCAUUGGUUUUGAUACCUCAAUCCCGAAGCCUUCAGAGUAUCUUUUUUAUAGGUGCCUCUAUCUUUACGGGGAAUUCACUGCUGAUAGAUCCCGCCCAGUGUCCUCCUCCCUCCCCCUCCGCCUUCCGACCCGGGGGAGUAUACAGUGACAACUUAACCAUUUCCGCUGGCUCAAGCAUAGCAUCUUUUCCCCAAGCCCAUUUCCUCCAGGAAAGCUUCAUAGCUCCAACCUAUACAAGGGGUUUUUAUGUCCUUUUUAUAGGUUGGGUUGUUGGAUACGGGAUCCUCGUAGUAGGCUGGAGCAACAUCCAGCCGAUGGACGGAUGCGACUUCCCUCAGUUGGUUUGGGUGGCAUAGCCCGUUGCAUAAGUCCCCUUUGAAUGGUGUUGGUCCUACAGACCGUGAACGGAUUUCGCCUCUGGCCUCUGGGCACUUCGGAACCACGCGAGUUCACCGGGGUGGAGCACGGUCCACCAAAACCGGCAUAGAUUAGGUGCUAUUGAUGGAACUUGGUAAGCUUAUUUUUCUCCAUAUGGAAGUGAUGCGAGCACUUAGAGAUGCGGGUAGAGGUACUAGAACAACAAACAGAAGUAGCAGAAAGAUCUAUUCAAAAAGGCAAAUAUGAAUGAUUAUCUAAUAGGGCUGGGUGUUUGAUUUCUGUGAGCAUAGGGGGAAAGGGAUCCCAGACGGUGGAAGAGCCAGGGGAGGCCCUCAUUGCCAAUUGGUUUUGAGUUAGAAGCCCAUGAACACUCACAUGGUAUCAAGAGUUUAAUGUUUGUUCUGGUUCAAGCUAUAAAACGGUCAAGUGUGUUUCUAAUCAGGGUUAUCUAAAUUGGAAUGUCUCCGUCCCCCUAUGAUGAGAAAAAGCUUUCCGAGUGGACGAGGACCGAUCUUCUCUUUCUUUAGUCUUGCUCGUCUUAUGGGGGUCAUCUCAAUGGGUUCAGAAACCACACGUUUCUCUGGAUCAUCAUAGCGUACUUCCACAUAUUCACUCAGAGGAAGGUAUAGCGUAUUUAGACAUAUACCAAAUCAUACUUAUUUGAAUUGUUCAUCAUAUAAUAAAGACGCCGAUACCCCUAGCGAUAUCACCCCUCCGUCUAUAUCCUAAAAGAUUAUGUAAUCUGUAGGUUAAGAUUUUUAAAGAUUUGCGUAUCCUUCAGAUUUUUAAAGAUUUGUGUAUCCUUCGUAUCUUGUGUCAGAAUACCCAAAUCUUCAAAAAUAUAUCUUUUUUUUAAUUUCAAUUUUGAAAUUCAAAAUUCAAAAUCAUAUCUCAAAUCAACUUCGUCCGUAAAACUUGUCUCAAAUCUGGAAACUCUCUCCUUAAGCUUUUCGCCCAUCUUCUUUGAUUGAUGACAUCGUUACCAACGAUGGUAAUAGAAAAUCGAACAGAUGUGGAGUCUUCGAGAACAAUACCGGAGAGGAUGUUUGCUUUGGGCGAUCCAAAGCGCCGUUUGUGUCAGGUAUUAUACAGCUCAGAUUUGCCUUCGUCGGAUACAAGCAUUGUUAACCACCUCGGUAAGGAAACAAAAUCUCAGCAAACAUUGGAUAAAUCUAAACCAAAUCUAGAAAUACACACCAAUAUACGAUAAUCAUUUAUUCACAAAAGGGCCUAUCGGUAUUUUCACUUACACAUGAAUCACUAUUGGACCUAUAUUUAUACUGUAUAAGGCAGAUCCUUAUUUUUUGGCUUCCUAGACCACCGUUAACUGGGGUGCUUACCCUGGUGCUUAGCCAUUUUUUUUUAAAAAAAAGAAAAAAAUAAAAAAAGUAAGCGGUAAUGCGAACAAGCGCAGUAAGCGUCGGUUGUUCCCCCUGUUCGCGGGCUCCACUGACACGUAGCAGUCUCCGAUUGGUUCAUUUUUUUUUUUUAAUCAGACAAAAACCAAAAAAUAAAUAAAAUAAAUAAGUAUCCCAUUUGGGGUGGUAGGGUUAAUUAUGCCCUUACAGUAUUAUGGGCUAAUUUACUCAAGAUUUUUUUUUUGUUAAUUAAUGACUUUUUUGGUUUAUCAAAACUUCUUUUAGCAUUUGUUUCUUUGCGAUUAUUCAAAUUUGAAAGUAGAUAUAGAAUGAUGAAGUGUUACGUGUUUGCUACUUUAUGAUUUAGUUAUUUUAAGUUUUAUACACGUUGAUGAUGUUUAUUAAAAUGCUUUUUAAAUCAUAUAUAUAUAUAUAUAUAUAUAUAUUAUUGCUUUACACUUAAUAAUAUUCAAAUGGAAAAUUUUCUUAAAAGAGUAUUUCUUCUGUUUCAUGAAAGUGUAAUUUUGAUAUUUUACAUAGAAUAAGAAAGUGAUUAAAAUACAUUUAUGUUUUAAUAGACACAUUUAUUAAUUGAGAUAACUAAAAUUAUUUAUAAAUUAAAAUAUUUUGUAAUUUAUAUUUAUCUUAAAAUAUGUAUAAAUUUCAUUAAAAUUCUAAGUUGACAUUCUUUGUAUAACAAGAAAAGUAAUUAAUAACCGUUUUAUGAGACGAGACAUAUGGAAUAUUUAUUAAAAAAUGAUAUGGCUAAAUUACUCCAAAUUUUAAACCUUACUCUAAUAUCAAUCUUAUAAAUAUUAAAUCAUAAAAUCUAAUAACCAACUAUACACUAAAUAUAAAUAUUAGAAAUAUUUACUAAAAUUAUAUUUUUAGAAUUUUUCCUUAUAUUAAUUUUUUAUAAUAAAACGUUGGUUAGUGUUAUUUGAAUGUGCUUCUAUAACACUAACGCACUCAUUGGUUUAAAUUUCAAAAUUUCAAGGAUGUUUUUAAAUCACAGACUGUUUUGACAAAUAAAGAAGAAACCAUAAAAGCUGAUUUCAUAUUUUCGCGCUUUUUCUCCUUGUUUCUACCUGAGCAGCAUUUAUGCUGCCUGCUCUCUAGAUUUUCUACACUGUCUUGUUUCCAUCUCUAUAAAAGUGCUUCUGAUGGUAAAAGCAGAAAAAUUUCAAGUCAGACAAAACAUAGCAACAUCAAUGCUUCAACUGAAUACUACUACUAAUUAAUAAUCUUCUGUCUUUUUUUUUUUUGCUAAAAUAUAAUCUUCUGUCUUCUUCAAGUGAGAUAAUAAACAUAGCGAAACCAUUGCUUGUUUUCAUGCGGUGAAAUAUAUGAAUGCUUAGCUUGGUGAGAAAUUAUGAAACAAUAAAUAAUAGUGUCUGUGUGAUGCAGGUUGUACAUAAUGUAUACACAUAGUUUAUAUAUCCGAUUCUUGAUGCUUUUUUUUUGUGUAUUCAAGAAAGGAUUUAAUUUAAUUUAUUCAUCUAUUUCCAUAGCUAUCCAUUAUUUUUGCAAGUCUAGUCUAAAGUACAGUUAUUUUGGCAGUUUCUUUAAAUCUUCCGUUUCAAAAAAAAAAUCAUCCAUUUCUUUCUCUUACUGUAGGUGUGAUCUUGAAGAUUUGGCAGAUACUGUUGAAAGUGGACUGAAGCAGAGAUAUUUGAUUUUUUUUUUGUUGCCCUUUCUCUUGUGGAAAGGGUUAGAUCCACAAGUGGAAGAGGCUUCAUUUCCUCUGUCUGUUUCUUGAGAAACAUUGACUCAGUGAUUUGACAAAAAGAAGGAUAGGUUAGAGUUAUUGGAAAGAGAGGAAAAAGUGUAUCUCUUUGGAUCCUUUGGAGAUUUCAGCCUAAAUUAUUGAAAGCCUACAAUGAGUUUUGGAUUCAUAUAGCUUCAAAAAGCUGGUGUGGAAUCUCAAAAGAGGGAGUUUUGUGGCUGAGGGCUUUGUUUUUAUGUUUUGAAGUUAAUGUGAUUCAGUGAGAAGGAAGUGGUGAGUGAGAGGUCUUGUCAUGUCUACAAGUUUUGUAUCCAUCUGCAACUCAAGCUGUGUGUUUGGUUUGGUCUUGUCUUGAUGUCCAACUUGCCUUAAUAAUGCAUUCAUCAUUACAAAAUCUCUACAGGUUUCAGUAGAAAUCAAUCUUCUUGAAAGAGAGAGAGAGGAAUCUAGAGAAUAGUUAUUUCAUUUGAGUUUUAAAAUGAUCAGAAGAAAGCGGGAGAAGAUACCAAGUUCUAAUGGGACUGAGAAGGUUCUUGUUGCUGUUAAAGCAUCUAGGGAGAUUUCAAAGACAGCAUUGGUUUGGGCUUUGACACAUAUUGUUCAUCCUGGAGACUGCAUAACUCUUGUUGUUGUUGUCACUUCUCACAAUGCUGGUACUACUUUCUCUUCUUUGGUACUAAGUCAUGGAGAUGUACUUACCUAUGUUUUAAUCCAUUGUCUUGUUUGUUUAGGUCGAAAGCUUUGGACUCUCCCUAAGUUUGCUGGAGACUGUGCAAGUGGUCAUAGGAAACCACAUUCUGAUGCAAUCCCUGAGAUAAAAAGUGACCUCACUGAUACUUGUUCUCAAAUGAUUCUCCAGCUUCAUGAUGUCUAUGACCCAAACAAGGUUACUAACUUAGCCCAUUACCAAAACAUUAAAAAAGCAGUUAUUCUCAUGUUUUUUUUUUGGAAGGUUAAUGUUAGGAUCAAAAUUGUUUCUGGAUCACCAUGUGGAGCUGUUGCAUCUGAGGCCAAGGAAUCACAAGCAACUUGGGUAGUUCUGGAUAAGCACCUUAAGCAAGAAGUGAAGCGGUGCAUUGAUGAGCUACAAUGUAACAUUGUGGCCAUAAAGCGUUCUCAAGCAAAAGUUCUGCGGUUCAACUUGGUCGGUUCACCAACAACAAAAGAUGCAGUGAAAGAGAACAAAAGCAGGUUGUUAGGUUCUGUUGGAGCAGUAGUUACAACUCCUUUUAGCAGUCCUGAGGUUGGCACACCAUUCACUGGUACAGAAGCUGGGACUUCAUCAGUGGCUAGCUCUGACCUUGGAACAUCAUCGCCUAUUUUCACAGUGGAAGUGAAAAAAGAUGAUGCUAAUGCUGCUCAAGAAACCAAGAUUUCAAGUAGGAGUGAUUCUGAGACUAGUGGAAACAUAAGAGGAGCAGUUUCGCUAUCACGAAAUGCUCCUCCUGUUCCACCUCCUCUCUGCUCUAUCUGUCAGCACAAAGCACCUGUAUUUGGAAAACCACCGAGGUUUUUCUCUUACAAAGAGUUAGAGCUUGCAACAAAAGGUUUUUCACAGUCUAACUUCUUGGCAGAAGGAGGGUUUGGAUCUGUUCAUAGAGGUGUGUUACCUGAAGGCCAGAUUGUAGCGGUAAAGCAACACAAACUAGCUAGUACUCAAGGAGAUGUAGAGUUCUGCUCUGAAGUAGAGGUUUUGAGCUGUGCUCAGCACAGAAACGUGGUUAUGCUAAUUGGUUUCUGCAUUGAAGAAAGCAGAAGACUAUUAGUUUAUGAAUACAUAUGCAAUGGAUCAUUAGACGGUCAUCUAUACGGUCGCCAUAAGGAUACUUUGGAGUGGCCUGCAAGGCAGAAAAUAGCGGUUGGAGCGGCUAGAGGUCUUAGAUAUCUUCAUGAAGAGUGUAGAGUGGGAUGCAUUGUUCACAGAGACUUAAGGCCUAACAAUAUACUAAUCACUCAUGACUACGAACCACUGGUUGGAGACUUUGGUUUAGCGCGGUGGCAACCUGAUGGAGAGCUCGGUGUAGACACACGCAUAAUAGGAACUUUCGGUUACUUAGCUCCAGAGUAUACUCAAAGUGGACAGAUCACAGAGAAAGCUGAUGUUUACUCAUUUGGGGUUGUACUAAUCGAGCUAAUCACGGGUCGUAAAGCCAUGGAUAUCUCCAGACCAAAAGGACAACAAUGUUUAAGUGAAUGGGUAAAAAACGCAAAGCUGAAAAGGUAUCUUGUUUCUCGAGUUUUCUUUAAGCUCAUUUUAGGGUUUGGUGAGCAGGCUAGGUCUAGAUUAGAAGAGUAUGCGGUUGAAGAGCUGGUUGAUCCAAAGCUGGAGAAGAGAUAUUCAGAAACAGAAAUCAUUUGUAUGAUUUAUACUGCUUCAUUGUGUAUACGCAGAGAUCCACAUUUGCGUCCUCGUAUGUCUCAGGUACUGCGUUUACUGGAAGGAGAUAUGGUAGUGAAUGAGAGGUUUAGUGGAAGAUUAUCGACUGAGAGAAGUCAGAGAUCAGUGAGAUAGUUAUGUACUAGUGAUGAUGUUAAUGACUAAAUAAUGUAAUUAACCAACAAAACACGUUGUCAAUAAACUGUUCUUAUGUCU